GUGCGUAUUACUUGUGUUCCCCGACGUAACAGUGGCGACGACUACCCGCGUUCAAAAUUAUAAAAAUGUCCGUUGAGAGAUUCGGAAUUUUGUCCAUUUUUGAUCACAAUGUCCAUUCAUGGAAAACAUAUAAAGGCCGUCUAUUGCAAUGGUUUAUUGCGAACGAGAUAAACGCAUCAACGGAUGCGACGGGGAUAAGGCGCCGGGCUAUACUACUCAGUGCACUCGCAGAGGGAUCGUACCAGCUCGCAUCGGACUUAGCGCUACCGAAAGCGCUGGAAGACGUCCCAUUUCAGGAUAUCCUGAUUAUCCUGGAUGCUCACUUUACGCCGAAACGCUUAGGCAUCGGUGAGCGGCACAAAUUCUACGCGGCAACGCAGCAACCUUCCGAGUCCCACACGGAAUGGGCAGCUAGAUUGCGUGGGCUGACGGCUCACUGCAACUUCAGCAACGUGGAAGAAGCAUUGCGGGAUCGAUUCGUGAUAGGUAUGCGACCAGGGCUCGAGAAAGAAAAGCUGUAUGCCAAGGAUAUCACGGAGCUGACUCUCGCGAAGGCGGUGGAGCUGGCUGAGGGAAUACGGUGCGCGCGCGCUGGUGCCGCGGCCAGUAACCCCGCAAUGGCUGCGACCAGCGCCGACUCAGCCGCGGGGGACGCCGAGCGCGCCAUGUUCAAGAUACGAGAAGUGCCGUUCGGAAAUAAUAGUGACCAAAAUAAAAGUGCGGGGAAAUUGAAGUGUGCGGUUUGCGGGUUCUUCCACGGAUCCAAAAUUUGUAAAUACCGAAAUUAUGUUUGUAAAAAGUGUAACAAAACAGGUCACCUCCAGCGGGUCUGUAAACAGAUUAGGUACCUAAUCACGGCUGAUGUAGCCGAGGAUGACGAUGACGAUGGUAAGUUAUUUAAUAUACGUUCAAUCAAAGGCGAACCUAUGGUGUAAUUUGUGUCGAUCCGCGGGGUAAAUUUAAAGUUUGAAAUCGAUAGUGGUUCUGCGGUCACAGUGAUAUCCGAAAAUACCUACACCAAACAUUUUAAGGAAGUACCAUUGUCUAAGAGUAAUAAGAGGCUUAUGAGCUAUACAGGUGAUAACAUCUCAUGUAUAGGUAUGAUUCGAAUGCCAGUGACAUUCGAGGGUC